AUACAUUGAACAGACUCUCAAUAUGAUCCUAUAGUGUUUACCCGUUCGUUAACUUGCAUUCUCUUUCACAGAGGAAGAGGAGAGAGAGAGAUUCUAGUUAGUAGAUUUUUCUUUUGUAUAAAAUAAUAUUUCGCUACAUAGAGAGAGAGAGAGAGAUUUUUUUAAAAAAUGGCAAUUCCACUAGCCGUCUUGGCUACUGUCUUUGGCAUUCUAGGUAAUAUCAUCUCCUUUCUCGUCUGUCUUGCCCCAAUACCGACGUUCAUUCGCAUAUACAAGAGGAAAUCUUCUGAAGGGUAUCAGUCGAUCCCUUACGUGAUUGGCCUAUUCAGUGCGAUGCUAUGGAUAUACUACGCAAUGAUCAAGAAGAAUGUAAUGAUUCUGAUCACUAUCAACGCCGUUUCUUUCGUCAUACAGAUCUUCUACAUUGCCGUCUACCUCUUCUACGCUCCUAAGAAGGAAAAGACUCUAACGGUCAAGUUGGUCCUAUUUGUGAAUGUGUUUGCGUUCGGCCUUAUCUUUGUCCUGACAUACUUUCUGCUUCAUGGCAACAAACGUGUUACGGUCCUUGGAUACGUUUGUAUGGUCUUUGCUCUAUGUGUAUUUGUUGCACCCCUUGGCAUCAUUAGGAAAGUGAUUAAAACGAAGAGUGCAGAGUUUAUGCCGUUUGGUCUCUCCUUCUUCCUAACCUUAUCGGCUGUCAUGUGGUUCUUCUACGGGCUUCUCAAUAAAGACAUGAACGUAGCCCUGCCAAAUGUUCUGGGUUUCGUCUUUGGAGUGCUUCAGAUGGUGCUUUACUUGAUAUACAAGAAACCUGGGACGAAGGUUUUGGAGCCACCAGGGAUUAAGCUUCAGGACAUAUCUGACCAUGUCGUCGAUGUUGUGAGGCUCAGUUCGAUGGUUUGCUCAUCACAGAUGAGAACUUUGGUGCCACAGGACAGUGCCGACAUGGAAGCAACCAUUGACAUUGAUGAGAAGAUCAAAGGAGACAUGGAGAAGUUUAAGGAGGAUAAAGAAGUGUUUCUUAUUUCUAAGAGUUAAUUGGCUCUUAACUAUCAAGUGUCGAUGUGUGUGUUGUGUGUAUGUGUCCUAGUUGCUUGCGUGCUAAGUUAGGGUUUAUUGUUUAAUCUGGGUCUAAUGAACGUCAUCGUGCAUAUCUGUCUCCUGUCGUCCUAUAUGUGAUCUCUCUCUCUCUCUCAC